AUGGGUGCUUUUCCCUAUGUGAAGAUGACACAAGACGAUGCAAAGUGGAAGCAUGUGGAGUUGCGGAAAGUGCGACGGCUUGGUGGUAGUGGCGCUGUGGUACAUGUUCCAGUGCACUACGGAGAAGCGCCCGGCGCACAACAUGGGAGUCCUACACAAUAUCCAAGUGGGGGGGGACCGAUGGGCAUGUACACGACCUACGAGAAUCCAGUGGAGGGAUGGUGGAGGUUCAGUGGAGAGAUGUCGAGGAGCUCUGGACAUAUGAUGUGCAUCCUCUGCGUGGCGUACAGCCAUCGUCACUCGCCUCUUCUCUGGUUGUGCGUGCGCACACGGGGACGCACGUGCAUUCCCAUUUCAUCAGAGAAAGCACUCCAUGGACCUCGGCCGACCUCGAUGCAGGACAUGAGGGAGCGGUUGGGGAUCCUGGUACGUGUGAUGAAGACAGAGCUGGGUGUGCAGCUGAAUCUACAGCACCACUACGUUGGACAAAGCGUCGGAAACGAAAACGGGAUGGCGGCAGGGAACGCGAUGACACCGGAAGAUGUGGCUUUCGAGCUGGGGCUUGCAGCCAACCAUUGGGCGGGGGAUCAUUCAGGGUGUGGCCAUGGGGGGCGUACAUCUCGUUGCGUGACGGAGAAGUGGGGCAAUGAGACUGCGAUUUACGAGAAAGGCUCGGAGACGCACAAGGCAGUGCAGGAUUGGCUUGCGAAGAGAUGCGGGCCAGACAAGGUGAAAUCGUUCGUCCAUGGUGCGUCUAGUUCCAUAAACGAAUCUUUCCAUUCAGUCAUCCUCAAAUACGCUCCGAAGAGGAUUCGCUUCCGUGGAAGUUUCGAAGCGCGAAUGGCGCUUGCUGUUCUGCACUGGAAUAAUUCCAUGGAUCGGUUAGUGACCGCGUAUCGCACGCGCCAACGACAGGUUACACGGAUUCGCCGUGGCAACAAGGAUCGGAGCUUAACACCAAUGGAUUGGUCAUGGCUUGAUGGCAUAAUGGAGUCGUGGCUCAAAACCUUGAGUGGGGAGGCAGACGAUGAGACGGGCGGGGAGCCGACGAGUCCUAUUCGUCCAGAUGCCACGGAGAGCACCACCAGCGCCCAAGAGGGUUUGGAUCCUACCACGCCUGCACCACCGCAUGAGGAAUACUUACCAAAUAACAAGAUGCCCAUGCAGACCUGGAGUGCUCUUGUUGAGGCGGUAUCCCAGCCACCACUUCAGCUGCAGCAGCCCCCUCCCAUCCCCCUCCCAUCCCCUGGCCAUCCCCCUCCCAUCCCCCUCCCUUCCCCCUCCCAUCCCCCUCCCAUCCCCCUCCCAUCCCCCUCCCAUCCCCCUCCCAUCCCCCUCCCAUCCCCCUCCCAUCCCCCCCCCAUCCCCCUCCCAUCCCCCUCCCAUCCCCCUCCCAUCCCCCUCCCAUCUGUUGAGCUGAGAUAG